CGUCCAGGACAACACAUUGCUGGGGAUAAAGAGGACAGGAUCCAGAUACCCAAACAUGACAGACCCAUUCUUGAUGGAUCAUAUGACCAGGCUAAAACUGAAACUUUUGGAAAAGAGAUUAGAAAAUGAGCGAGAGAUUGCGGAUGAUUCAUCUGAUACAGAACCAGUUACAGCAAGGAGCUAUGAUGGCCAGGAAGAUGCUUUACAGUCUGCACUGCGCAGGCGAAAGGAUCUGCUGCACAAAUUACGAGAGCAGCAACUCCUUGAUGAGAUAGCUAGGCCUCAUACCUGGGAAGGAACACGUAGGAGAAAAAUAAAUGUAGAUCAAGUUCCUCCCAUACAUUUCUAUCAUACAGCACCUCCUCCAGAACCCCAAGUGCGCUAUUAUCCUCCACCUCCUCCACCUGAACCACCAAGGAUCAUCCAACAACAGUUACCCCAGCAGCCAGCCACUAUAAUCCAGCAGCUACCUCCACAGCAGCCGCUGAUCACUCAGAUUGCUCCUCCACAAGCCUAUCAGCCGCCACGGUCAGGGAGCAUCAAAGAAGAUAUGGUGGAGAUGAUGCUUAUGCAGAAUGCCCAAAUGCACCAGAUCAUUAUGCAGAACAUGAUGCUGAAAGCACUGCCCCCUAUGGGUUUGUCACAAGCUGCCGGAAAUGCACCACAGUCGCUACCUCAGUCACAACAAGACCUUCAUGUUGCCAACCCUGUAUUUUUGAAAGCGGAGAAGAUCCGUCCAUCAUCGGUACACCAUCACCACCACUAUACACCACCGGGCCUUCCGCCUGCGCCUCCCACAAUGCAGCCUGCAAUUGGCUAUCCAAUGUGGCCUCAAAUGAUGAUGCCCUCAAACAGCAUGGGGCAAGCGGGAGGGUUCCCUCAGGCCGUGCACCAUGUUACCGGUCCAACAACAACACUUCCAGCAAUGCAUAUCAAUGGAUGGAAUUUCACACAGAGUCCCGAGCGCACUAUAAGACCAUGAGCUGAGCAAGUAAUGUUUCUUCCAUAAAGCCCCUUGUUCAGCCAGGAGGUAACUUUUGAAUGGGCACACAGCAAUUCACGUGGGAAGUCUGUUGACCACACAGCCAUAUUCUCUUCUAAAGGGAGGAAAGUCUGCUCGGUGAUUCAGUCGAGAGAAUUGCUUGAUGCUCAUCAAUUAGUG